AGAUGCCGCUAGGAGUUCCGCCAGUCAAUGCAGUUCUGUAGCUCUUCGCAAUGAGUGGGUUCGAGCGCAUCCUGGCGCGCGUGGGUGGCGAUGCCCUGCGCUCGUACUGCUCUUCGGCUAUCGAGGAUGAACUGCGCAACCUGCAGACGCGCAUGAAGGCGUGUCUGGAGAAUGUAGAGCAGACUAUGAAGGUCCGAGAAGCUAUCGCCAAACUAGACGUGCCAAUGAGCCGCGAGAACACUGCCGCAUGCGCCGACAUCCAGCGUAAGUAUACGACAUUCAGCGCUGAUCUCAAGGCGUUCGUCGAGGAGCAGCGUAAACUGCAGGCUGAAGCUCCUGAGGCCAGUCCCGAUGACCAGCAGAAGCAGAGCGAACAGCAGAGUCGCGAGCGCGUCACCAAAUUGCUUGGCAAGAUCCAGCACCGCAUUACACGCAAGCGCAACGACGCGUGGAUCGAUAAGAACUUCGCAGAUGUGGAGACUAUUGCAAGUAUCAUUGGUGACGACGACUUUGCGGGUCCCGACAAGGCUCUGCGCAACGAGCUUGUGCUGGUGCUGGACCACUUGAUCUCCGCUGUACUGCUGAGCCCACUGACGAACCAGACGACACUAGAGAAAAUGGAUAAGGUGCUCAAGAAACUGGCGGAUGUGCACGAUGAUAUCGACGAGUAUAUCAAAUCGUCGAGUGAACUGCUGACUAAGAAGCGGCAAGCUUAUGCUCCACGGACCAGGGCGACUGAGUCGAAUAAUAUUGUUGAUGCGGCGGAGGAGCCGAGAAUGAAGAAACAGCGAGUGGAAUCUGCACCCCAGUCGGACUUUUUGGUCAAAGUGGAGCGCACUGCCGCUGCUGUUGCAGCCGUUGAAGCUGGGGGCAAUGACGCGACGUAUGAAGUGUUUGUGUCGGAUCUGCCGUGGGGAACCACCAAGGAGGCAGACGUGGCGUCGUACUUUGGUAUCGCUGGCGCAGUCGUGUCGGUGCAGAUGCCCACGAUGGCUGAUGGUAGCACUGUAGGAGUGGCAAUUGUGCGUUUUGCCGCGUUGGAAGGCAUGACGCUCGCGCUGCGGAUGGACGGAUAUCCAUUUAACGGCAAAAACAUCCGCGUGGUCGUCCACAAAUCAAAAUGAGGUCGACACAUUCGUGCACCAUGUGCAGCCAGCAGUACGUAUCAUAGAUCUUAGAAGCACCACGGGCAUAAGUAAAAACAACAAAACGGAGUCGAUAGCGUGAAGGAAAAGUGAACUUUGGUCUAAAGCUCCCAAAAUUUGGGGCAUCUUGAUAUAGUUCUUUUUAUGCAGGAGAUA